UCUCUCUCUCACUAUAUAUAUAUAUAUACACACACACACACACAUAUGCACACGCAUAUAAUAGAGGUAGAGAUUAUCCCUUUUUGAGAAAAAAAAUUCGAGUUAUUUUUACUGAUCAUCAGUAUUUCAUUAUCAUUAUAUUGGGCAAGAAAUGGGACUACGAGACAUUGGAGAGACGCUACCACCGGGUUUCAGGUUUUAUCCGAGCGACGAGGAGCUAGUUUCUCAUUAUCUCUACAAAAAGAUCACUAAUGAACAAGUUCUAAGAGGCACUUUGGUUGAAAUCGAUCUCCAUGUUUGCGAGCCAUGGCAGCUUCCCGAUGUGGCUAAAUUGAACUCCAAGGAGUGGUACUUCUUUAGCUUCCGGGAUCGGAAGUAUGCGACCGGCUUUAGAACCAACCGUGCCACCACCUCCGGCUAUUGGAAGGCCACGGGGAAAGAUCGGGCAGUUCUCGAUCCCCGGACAAAGGGCGUCAUUGGGAUGAGGAAAACUUUGGUGUUUUACAAAAAUAGAGCUCCUAAUGGGACCAAAACCGGAUGGAUUAUGCACGAAUUUCGCCUUGAAAACCCACAUGUCCCGCCUAAGGAAGAUUGGGUACUAUGCAGAGUGUUCUACAAAUCAAGAAGUGAAAAUUACAACAAUCUCAUGAGUCCACAAAAUUUCGAGGAUAAUUUGACUAUUUCUUCCACAAAUAAUGAACGUGUCAACAUUACCCACCAACACCACAUAGGCAACCCUAACCCUAACCCUAACCCAAACCCUAGCACCUCUCUCGGGCUCGAUUUCGACCUAUUUUGUGACCAUCACAUGAACCACCAGCCUCAUCGCUCGAGCUCUCAUGACUAUAUCCACAACAAAUUGGGUGAUCAAUCUACAAGGUGUGAGGAUGACUACGGAUUCUUAUUCGAUUUCGAUGGCUCGAACAUGGUGCCAUCGAGCCCUGAAGAUAUGCGGUUUGUUGAUGAUAGUAGCUUAGUAUUCAUCUAAUUAGGUUUGUGGGAUUUGAUGCUCGCUCAUUAAUGGUAUCUACUUAUAUAUAUGUAUGCAUAUGUGAUGUAGCAUGUUUAGAUCGGAGAUUAGUCCGUAUGUGUUUGUAGUUAGUGAUGUGUGAUGGGGAUUGUGUUUAAUUUGUACAUUUGAAAAAGAAUUGGAUAUAUUCAUAUAUCAUGCUUGCAAUGGA